AUGAUUAGACGCGAUUUCAGUUGCGACAGAUCAUUUUACAAUAGUCGAACAAGACAAAUCCGAUUUGAUGAUAAAAUCAUUUAUUUCUUCAAUUAUGCGAAAGAAAAGAAAAUUAUGACAGUUAAAAAUUAUUUUCAACCAAAUCAUCCAAUGGUUUUAAAUUUUAUCAAUGAAAAGCUUUUGGGACGUGCAGUUUUCUAUAUUUUGCAUAUAAUUGCAUAUCUGGCAUUUUUGCUAUUGUUAUCAAGCUAUAUUUUUGACAAAAAUGCUCUUCAAGAUGCUUUAGCGACCGUCUUUCUAAUUAUUUUUGGAUUUUGCUUGAUUGUCAAAGGAGCAACAAAGUUACAAGCCGGUAAAGUUAGCAGCUGGUUUGUUGUUUCAUAUCUCUUCAAUAUUAUUACGUAUAUCGCAACCUUUUUGUUCAUAUGGACGCCGCAAUUAUUCGCUUAUAAUGAUUAUGAAUCUGAUCUUAAACAUUUCAUUACUUGGUUCCUUCCAAUAAUCGCCAUAAUUUCUGCUUGGAUCAAUUUCUUGUAUAUAUUACGAAAAUCGCCAUAUGGCAUAUAUAUUUUAAUGAUGACCAGAAUAUUCUAUUCUUUUUCACAGAUUGCAAUUAUUUGGAUUCCCACUUUGUUGGCAUUUGCCUUUGCCUUUCACUUGGUUAUGCGAAAUAGUGGUACGGAACCUUGGGAAGCAUCUGAUGUGUUUACUCCCAAUUCCACGGUGACCCGAAAACUUUUGGCAAUUCUUCAAGCAAUUACGAAAACGUCAGCAAUGAUGAUAGGAGAAGUAGACGCCGAUAAUGUACUUGAACGAAAGGAAUGGAUACCAAAUAUCCUUCUAUUAGCUUUCGAAAUUACUACCGUUAUUUUGUUAAUGAAUUUAAUGAUAUCAUUGGCAGUGGGCGACGUAAAUGAACUUCGCCAUUCAGCUCAAGAAAAAUUACUUCAAAUAAAGGUGAAUUUUACAAUUGAAGCCUUGCAACUAUCGGAAACUUGCGACUGUUUAAAAAAAUUAAAACUUCUUCAUCGAAUCUCAACGAACAAUAUUCUUGUGCUAGCUAAUGAUGGUCAAGUAUAUAGCAUGAUGAAGAAAGUGGAUUUUUGCGAAAAGAGUAAGUGGACUUUUGCAAGAGCCACUGGAUUUCACGUACAUCUCGAUGGUGCAACUAUUGAACUUAUUGAGAGUAUGGAAUCAGGCAUUGAAGAAUUCAGUGGGACUGUAGAUGGAUUAAAAAUAACUGAUGUUGAUGAUGAUUCAGAAUCAAACGCAAGAAAAUUGGCAAGAUGGUUAAUAGGACUCGAUUGGAGCAGCUUGUUGGAUUUAUAA